AUGAGUUUACAAGUUAAAGAGAUCUUGUGUCAUGAGACAUCUAAAUAUCAAGAUGUUUUAAUAUUUAAAUCUGAGACAUAUGGAAAUGUACUGGUCUUGGAUGGUGUAAUACAGUGUACUGAACGUGAUGAAUUUGCUUAUCAAGAAUUGAUUACGCAUAUUCCAAUGACUUGUCACCCUAAUCCUAAAAAGGUUUUGGUGAUUGGUGGAGGUGACGGAGGCGUUAUUCGUGAAAUUGUAAAACAUGAUUCAGUUGAAGAAGUUACAUUAUGUGAGAUUGAUGAGGCAGUAAUUAGAUUAUCCAAGAAGUAUCUUCCAGAUAUGGCAGUUGGAUUUUCUCAUCCAAGGGUUACUAUUCAUAUUGGCGAUGGAUUUCCUUAUCUAAAAGACAAACAAAAUACUUUUGACGUCAUCAUUACUGAUUCCUCUGACCCUGUUGCAGAAUCAUUAUUUCAAGCAGAAUAUUUUGGGUUAUUGAAAAAUGCAUUGCGUGAAUGUCAAUGGCUUCAUCUUCCAUUAAUCUCUGAAGUUCAGGGAUAUUGUAGAUCAGUAUUUAAAGUAGUUGAUUAUGCAUUCACCACGAUUCCCACAUAUCCUUCUGGUCAAAUUGGUUUCAUCUUAUGUGGAAGAGAUGAUAACGUUGAUUUUAGAAAACCAAUUAGAACUUGGUCAGAAGAAGAAGAAGCCAAGUUAUUUAAGUAUUAUAAUUCAGAAAUUCAUAAAGCUGCUUUUGUCUUGCCUCAAUUUACUAAAAAUUUUUUGAAAAGUGCUGAUUCUUUGGUUGAUUCUUUAAAGAAAUCUAUUUUCAACGAUGAGAAGGCAAAAUCAGCUACUGUUUUUUCUUUACUAGCUUGUAAUAAUAUAGACGACCAAUCAUUACUUAAAGAUAUAGAUAUCACUAUUAUUCUCGGUAACAAACAAAGACCGUUGCCCAAACCCUUUAAUAAUCGUCCUGGAUAUGAUAUGAAGUAUGUUGUGUCAUACAUCAACAAUUAUCAUCCUAUUUAUUAUGUUGAAGAAUUUGAGAAAAUCGAAAGAUCAUAUGACAACUUGUCUAUCGUAAAACGGGAUGAAAAACUUAUUCAAUGGGCAGUACGAGUUAGAAUCAAUCUUCAAGAUUUAUUAAUUCUUGAAAAUUCAUUCUUACAAUUUAACUGGACAAAAGAAGCAAAAAUUCACACGUAUACGAGAAGAUUUCAACCAAGUCAUAUCGAAGGAAUAUUAAUUGCAUAUAGAAACGGUGAUAUCUCAACCCAACGUUGUAGGGGUGUAGAACCCGGUUGUUUCAUUAUUCAACAGAAAAUACCUGAUAAUAAUCAAGUUUUUCGAGUAGUUAUAGGCGAAGAAGAUAAUUACUGGACAAUAAUCACUUUUUAUAUUUCAUCCGCCCGUCGAUACUGGGAUAAAAUGUGUAUUAAUCUAAUUAAAAAAAUUUUCAACAAAAUUAAACCGAACAAGAAAAAUAAAAAAGAAUUUUCGACCAAAAAUAAUGAGCAUGAUCCUGAUUGUAAAGACAGGUUCAUUGUGGAUUCCGUAUACUAUGACGAUUCAGAUGCAUUUUUGGUAUACUUUACUCAAGAAUCCGAUGACAUUUGUGAUGAAGCAACUGGUUACCUCCUUGUCUGUUUUAAUAAUAUUGGCAAAAUAGCAUCAAUUCGUAUAGCAUCACCAUCAAAGCAUAUCCGAGGGAUAGCAAGCGAGGAGCCAUCCUUUACACUCAAUCCUACUUAUGAUGAGAAACGUGAUGUAUUUAAGAUUAAUUUUACAGAUUCUGCUCCCAUGACCACGUUCAAAAAAACUGAAGUUGAAGAUGUCGAGCUGGAAAUAGAUAAUGAAGGAAAGCUCGUUACAUUGUUGUUUCACAAUGCCAGUAACAAAAUGUCAAACAUAUCAAAAACAAGUGUAUAA